AUGCGACUAGGAGUCGUGUCCAACAAGAUGCAGCUCAUUCGAGGCCAUACCCUCGCUUACGUUUUCACCGCCCCUGACACCCCCCCGCCCCCCCUAGCCAACCACACGACCCUUGCGACCCUCGGGUUUAUUCCCGCACGGAUAGACGUCGACAUGCGCCUCACAACCCCCGUGAUCCUCCCCCCAGUGGCUGGCGCCUCCGCCACGGCCAACAUCUCCAUGUAUCGCUUUGCAUCGCGGGCGUUUUGUUCUGGCUGCGACCCCGUGGUCGAGCUUGGCAUGGACGUGUGCCAAGCGACUUAUCACGUCAACUCGACGUCCCAGUCGUUGGUCAUUACGUCUAGCGCCGCGUACCUUGGCGAAGUCCACCUCUUGGGCCUAAUCCUUUCGAGAUCGUCGGCGUCCGACAUUGCACUCUACCUCCGCACGAUCGCGUUGUUGUUUGCCGUCGCUGGGUUCGCCACGAGCAAAAAGUCCACGCGGUGGACCGACGUAGCCGCCGUGGACACGCUGUGGAAGCGUAUCAAGCACACUGUGGCGCCGCCGCUGUACCGGUACCCGAGCCUCACGUUUACGUUUUCCAACUUUUGCCUCAACAGCGACUUCUUUGUCGUGAUCUACGUCUUGGCGGUGCUCAUGGACGAGAAGAACUCGAUGACGUACGCCCGGGUCGUGUACUCGUGA